GAGGGGCCUUCGUUUGGAAUUUUUCCUCACUCUCUACCGGACAGCGCCAAGGGCAGGCCACAUCCACAACAGAAAGACAGGAAGGAAAAAUGUCUCGUUUGAUUUCGGGAGUUCGGUCGGCCUUUCGUCGUUAUCCUUUUGUGACCAACAGCGCCAUCUAUGGUGGCCUGUACGUGGGUGCCGAGUAUUCUCAGCAAUACCUCUCCAAACGCUGGCUGCCGCCCGCGGCCGAGCAAGAGGAUAUCGAUUAUGCCACAAUCGGAAGAUACGCCGUCAUGGGCACUGCGGCCUAUGCCCCCUCGCUGUAUUUUUGGUACAAAUGGUUAGAUCGCGUUUUUCCCGGCACUACUAAGACCAUAAUUGUAAAAAAACUGGUUCUUGAUCAGUUCGUACUAACGCCCUAUUUAUUGACUGUCUUUUAUGCCGGAAUGUCAAUCAUGGAGGGGUCGGAGGACAUUUUCCUGGAACUGCGCGAGAAGUUUGUGCCAACUUUUGUGCGAUCCUGUGUUUUUUGGCUUCCCGCUCAGGCCCUGAACUUCUCCUUGGUAGCGCCCCGCUUCCGGGUUAUCUAUAUGGGUGUUUGUGGCCUGAUUUGGGUUAACAUUCUGUGCUGGACGAAGAGGCAGAGCAUCGCAGGCGUCACAGAAUCGAAAACUUUGAUAAAGAACACAGAGUUAUGAACUUUGAAUAUAUAAUCCUAUGUAUAUAGCCUUAGAUAGACCACUGAAAUUGAAAUUGGCAAAUAAAAAGGGAGAAAGAGAGAUGCCCAAUUGUCUCUGGC